GGCCGCGGCAAAGCCCUCAGCAACCAGGAGUACUGGUGGAUCAUCGGGCUUCACGACGGCGGCGUCUCUCUACACGAGAUCGCACGAAGGACUGGCCGAGUACGUACCUGUGUGCGUAAGGUUAUCAAGGCAGAGCGAGGGCUGCUCCAAGACAGCGCCAAACCCUCCCCAAGACCAGGAAGGCGGUCGGCACUCACCGAGAGGGAGGUCCGGCUGCUAGUGCGCAAGGCGGCGACAGGCGACCGCUUCGCAGCGGAGCCGAAGACGGAGCUCGGACUGAAGGCGUCCGUACGCACGGUGCAACGGCUGCUGCAGCGUGUAGACCAU